AAGAGCAUGGGCGCCAUUUGCUGCAAACAAGAAGAGGUUGAUUUUGAACGAGAAGUCGAAUUACAGCACUUUUAUCUACUUCGAGUCAUUGGCAAAGGUGCAUUUGGCAAAGUCCGUAUUGUUCAACACAAAGGUGAUUUGAUUCAGUAUGCUCUAAAAUAUAUCAGCAAAUCAAAAUGUAUUGAGUUGAAUGCCACCAGCAAUAUCUUGACAGAGAGAAGAAUUCUCGAGAAGAUCAACUACCCUCUUGUGGUCAAUUUAAGAUAUGCUUUUCAUGAUGAUGAAAACUUGUUUAUGGUGCUUGAUUUGAUGCUUGGAGGCGACCUUCGAUUUCAUCUUGAAAGAAUGGGCUCAUUCAAUGAACUCCAAACUCAAUUUUAUGUCGCAGAUUUGAUUUUGUCAAUUCAUCAUAUUCACAAACUUAUGAUUAUUCAUCGCGAUAUCAAACCCGAUAAUGUCUUAUUGGAUGCCAACGGACAUGCUCAUUUAAGUGAUUUCAACAUUGCUACCCAAUUAACAAAGAAAAAGUCAUAUAAGAAUAAUAGAGCAGGUAGUCUAGUGUAUAUGGCACCCGAAAUUCUUGAAGAAAAGCGAUACACGACAGACGUAGACUGGUGGAGCUUGGGUGUCACUAUGUUUGAAUUACUUUUCGGAAAAAGGCCUUUUAAUGGAAGAACAAAUGAAGAGUUAAGAAACUCGAUUAUCCAUGAUCCGCUCGUGAUCCCGACCGAUAUCCCGGUUUCCCCAGAAUGUAUUGAAAUUCUUGAAGGGUUACUUUCCAAAUCGCCAAGAGACCGUUUGGGCCAUGGAGUACAGGGAUUUAAAAAAUUAAAGACACAUGCAUGGUUCAAGGGUUUAAACUGGGAUGAAUUAGAGAACAAGACUGCAGUACCACCCUUUAUACCCAACCAUGACAAAUCAAACUUUGACGCUGUACAUGAACUGGAGGAACUAUUGUUCGAAGAUGCUCCCUUAAAGCCACACAAAAAAAGUACAUCAAGAGUGAAGAGUGAUACAAUGAAAGAUUUGAUUGAGAUGGACGACAAUUUCUUGCCUUACGAUUACACAAAGCAUGUGAAGACUGUAGAACAACAAGAGGAUAAAGAUAUUUCUCCCACUGAAGAUAUCAUUUUGCCUUCUGUCUCUACAUCUCUAUCUACUGCUGGUAGCUUGCUGAGACGUGUAGGUGAAAAGAUUGACCAAUCAAAAUAUAAAUCGCAAGGUUAUUAUGAAUUAUCAGCAAAUGAUACCAGGAAAUUCUUUUAUCAUCGAUUAUGUGGCUAUAUGACCAGUGGUCCUUUUACUGCUAUGAUUUUAGCUUCUCCUAAUGCAAUUCAAGACUGGAGAGCCUUGAUUGGACCCACACAUCCUGUGAGGGCUAGAGUGAAUCAACCAAAUACAUUAAGAGCACAUUAUGGAUUAACAGACACAAGAAACUCAUUUCAUGGCUCAGGUAUAUAUAGCCAAGUGAAGUCUAUGUAUGUAUGUGUGUUUUUAAUUGUUAUCUAUAUUAGAUUCUGA